CUAAUUGUAAUUAUUCGUUCGAACAGUGUGAUUUUCAAGAAAUUUCUAGUUUAAAUCUUUCAAUUGGAUCAACAUUUUUUAAAUAUAAAACAAUCAUAAAUAAAGAUAAUUGCUAUUUCAUAAAUCGUUUUGAAGAAUUUGGAAUUUACAAUGUCUUUGCUAAUAGUUGUACUGUGGACGUCCUACGAGAUCCUGUAAAUAUUUAUUUUCGUAACAAUAUUAUCUGUGGUUAUAAUCUAUAGUUUAAUUUUUUUAUUGUAUUAUGGAUUUAUGCGAGUAUUCCCUUCCCUAUUUAGGGAAGAAAUUUCAAAUGGAAAUAAUUCUAAAAAACGAAUUCAGAGUCUUGACACAUUUAGAGGGAUAACAAUAUUGCUCAUGAUAUUUGCAAAUUUUGGAGCUGGAGGUUAUUAUUUUAUUGAACAUGCAACUUGGAAUGGUUUACAUGUAGCUGAUUUAAUAUUUCCGUGGUUUAUUUGGAUUAUGGGUGCAUUGAUUCCUAUAACAUUACCAUCAAAACUUAGACAGGAAAAGCAAAAAAUUAUAACUGAAGUAUUUUUUAGAUCUGCAAAACUUUUUUUUCUUGGGAUAUUCAUAGGAGGAGGUGGAAAUUUGUAUAACCUAAGAAUAAUGGGAGUUUUACAACGAUUUAGCAUAUCUUACUUUGUAGUAACUAUUACACUAAUGUACUUUCUUGAAACUAAUAAUGAAGACUAUAAUUCGGGAAUAAAGUCUGUGUUUAAAGAUAUUUUAGUUUUAUGGAGAGUUUGGUUAAUUGCUUUUACAAUCUUAGGAAUCCAUUGUCUAUUAGUAUUUUUCGUUCAUGCAAUUGAUUGUCCAAGUGGUUAUUUUGGACCUGGUGGUCUUCAUAAUUAUGGAAAUUUCACUGGUUGUGUUGGAGGAGCGACUGGGUAUCUGGAUAGAUCGAUUUUUGGAUGUAAUCAUGUUUACCAAAACCCUACAAUUCACAAUGUAUUUAAAACAGAUAUACCAUUUGAUCCUGAGGGUUUAAUCGGAUGUUUAACAACAAUUUUUCACGUUUUUAUUGGUGUCCAGGCUGGUUGUAUAUAUUCAAAUUUUAAAAAUGACCGCAACGCAAUUUGGAAAAUAUUAACAAGGUGGCUAUUAUGGGCAAUUGUUACUGGGCUAAUAGGAGGCUUUUUAUGUGGAUUUUCUAAAGAUAAAGGAAUAAUUCCUGUUAAUAAAAACCUAUGGUCCCUAUCGUUCGUAUUGGUAACUUCAUGUAAUGCAUUUGUUGUUUUGUCAUUUUUAUAUUUUUUAAUUGAUCAUAAAAAUUGGUGGUCUGGAAAACCGUUUCUUUUUGCUGGAAUGAAUGCUAUUGUUCUUUAUGCUGGACAUGAGUUAACGGAUGGGCAUUUUCCAGUAAGGAUGCUCUACAAUGAUCCUGGAGGCUAUUUUACCAGAAAUACACACUUUGGAGCAUUGUUAAGUGACGUUUGGGGAGCUGUUAUAUGGCUGUUUAUAUCGUAUGUUCUUUAUAGAAAAAAAAUCUUUAUAUCGCUUUAA